AUGUUCGGAGGGGCAGAUUUGCAAGAAUGUACAAAGAAGCAAAAGAAAGAGGGUUUAGGGUUUGGGCAUGACAGGAUAAGUGAGCUACCUGAUGACGUCAUCAUCAAUAUUCUCUCAUUCCUACCCUUGAGAGAUGCUGUUUCCACUGGCCUUCUUUCAUCCCGAUGGUUGGAUUUGUGGAAGCACACUCCUUAUCUCGACUUUUUCGACACCGAUGAUAUCUAUCGAACAAAGUGUGAUACAGAGCAUGGUUCGUGGGAUGUGGGGACGUGCAAGCAUGUGAAGAUGGUGAAUUCGGUUCUUGAAUCGCAUCAUGCCCUCUUCCUGAAACGGUUCAGGCUUCAUUUCUACGCAAACAAGUCAGCACAAAGCGUAGUCACCAAAUGGCUCGGAUUUGUGUGGUCGAGACAAGUCGAGAGCUUGGAUUUGAACUUCCGGUGUGACAUGCAAAAUUAUCAAGUUGUGUUAGAAGAUUUGUUGGGAGAGAUGAGACCAAUGAAAUAUCUCCAGAAUUUGUCACUAAUGAUGAUGAAAGUAAGGGGUGAAGACAUCUCCUUGUUCCUAAAAAAUUGCCCUUUCCUGAGGAAAUUGAGAAUCGAAGAAUCAUUUUUGACGUCUGAUGUUCAUAUCUCCGGGGCAACCCUCGCGUUGGAGGAUCUUCAGAUAGAAGGAUGCGUCUAUUCAGAGUCCAAGCUAUACAAUGCAACAUUUUACUUCUACCUUAUCCUGCUUGACUUCCCAACUCCUCAAACUUACAUUGUGGGGUCCCGUCGACAAGCUUUUGGGGAAAGGGUUUCCUCGACUGCCAAAUCUCAAAGAAUUGUUCCUUGA